CGUUGAAAUACCCGUAAACAAGUGUCAUUUGUGGUGUUUAAAAACCGCCGAUAUCAAAUAUUUUGAACAUUAUAAUUAUUUCGAUCGCGCAGACUGUUUCAGAUAGACUGGAAUAUGACUUUCCUUUGCGCUCAAAUCAUGUUGAUAUUCUUUGGUGUAACAGCAGUACAGCCAUUUCUUUUUAACAAGGGUUGUCUCGUAACAUCGUGGUCGAACUGGAGUGAAACCAACAGUUAUGGCAUACAGACAAGAACUAGACAAAUAAUGCGUUUCCCAUCCGACGGUGGGCAGCCAUGCCCAGUGCUUUUUGAGGAACGAGUCCAAUCAGAAGUCGAUGUUGACUGUCAAGUCUCACAAUGGUCAGCAUGGGGUGAAAAUUUUGGAUUUGGUCAACAAAGCCGAAUAAGAAAUAUUACUCAACGGCCUGAAGGAGCCGGAGCUAAGUGUCCGGAGAUUGAGGAUGCCAGAUAUACGGGCAAGGUACCGAGUGUCAAUGCUACUGCAAAAACAGUUCAAUCAAAGUUCAUCCGACCGACUGGUAACUAUAGUGUUCGCCGACAAGCAGGAACUGGUAGUGUAAGGGACCUCCUCCUUAUCAUGGAUAGUUCAGGAAGCAUUGGUCUGAAAGGAUUCAAGAAAGCCAAUACUGAAAUAAGCAGGCUAAUUGGUUUGCUGUGCCCUUUAAAUGGACCAUUUGAUAAAAGGCCUACAUCGCUUUAUCAGCACAACCAGGCUGCAAUGCUGACGUUUUCAACCAAUGUAUAUCAGAACUUUGAAUUUGAUGACCACAGCACUACAUACGACAUACAGCAAGCCAUUGCUGAUGCUAAUUACUAUGGCAGAAGAACAGAUACUGCUUCAGCUUUUAGACAAGCUGUCAGUCUAUAUCAGACAAAUAAAGGUGCUAGAGAUAAAUCACUAGUAAAGCGAGAGGUAUUGAUUCUCACAGAUGGCCACUCAAACAAUCCUGCUCAAACUCUGGCUGCUGUAAAAGAACUGCACAAGGUAGCUGACGUGUACGGACUUAUGACAGGAACAUUCACUAAAGAAGGGAUGGACGAGAUUACGUCAUACGUCUCUUCGCCUGUUAACAAGCAUUUGUUCUACGUCAAAGAUUUGCAAGAACUAACGUCUUUAGUGGACUUCGUUGAAGAUGCAAAGAAAGAAGCUGGGCAAAACUGGUGUGCUCCUUUUGAUGUUAAAUACGUAGAACAUGUUUUAGUUUAUAUUUCCCGGACAUGACACUUUGGCAUUUCAGUACAUGACAUUAUUAAAAUCAUUAAAAUAUUUACAAACAACUUCAAUAAUAUAAUCAUGGUAUGAACUUGAAAACAUUGAAAUGUAAAAUUUACAUGAUUUUAUCAUUGUGACACCAGAAAGCAUUGUAAUCUUUAUUUUUGAAUACAAAAUUAUUGACUUGUCCAGUGAAUUAUUAAAAUGGUUUGACUGACAUCGUUUCACGAUAUCUGGGCUAUUUUAAAAGUUUCCAUUUAUCGCAGUAGAAUGUAUCAUGACUUUCUGAUGUAAUUACAUACGAGAAACAAAAUAAUACACGUUCAAAAUAACCCAUUCAAAAUCCUUGAUUAGACAGAGUUCAAAGAUUGUUUUGUAAUGAUAAAUGCUUUACCGCUUAAAAUUACAUGACAAGCUACAACAUAUUAAGUAAUUUUCUUUCCAACUUUUUCCUUAUGUUUAAUAUUCUUUUAAUAUUCUGUGUAAACUAACAUCAUUUAAUUUAACAAAAAUACGAAAAUGGAAAGGCUUAAAGGCGAAUAAUCAUACAUUCAUUAGUAUUUCAUACAGAAAAUACAUGUACAUAGUUAUGAGACUGCUUAAAUUAUCCUAAAUAUGUGAUCGAGUUGUCCGUUAAAAUUAUAAUCUUUAUGUUUUAAACAUCAAAUUUUUGUCGUGUAAAUAACUUGCAUUGGUCUGGAUGUUGACUCGUCAGAAGUCACUUGAAGUAAAAACUGAAACAGUACGCGUACCCGUACAUGUAUGAAAACCUUAUUUCACAAGUGUGCGCUUUUAUAUUGAUCAAAACCACCGACCAUAUUUGAGAAAAGAUGUUCUUUGUAUGUAGUAUGUAUAAUUUUGUAGACGACAAUGAAUAGAAUCGUGUAUUGGAAAAUCUUUAAGUUUGCAAAGCAUAAACUUUGAAAAAGGACGAUGUCGUUGUACAUUACAACUCUAUUCGGAUUUUUUAUCAUAAUGAUUCAGUAAUUCAAAGAUAUAUGUAGAAAGGCUUUUAAAUUAUUUUUUGUAACAUGUAUGAAAGCGCUUAUAUUGAUAUGAUUAUCAAUAAGAGUCUUAUUAAGACAUUGUGUAAUUAUCAAUUUAACAUAUACUCACAGUACAGACUGAAAUCUUGUUUCUUGAAACCAUCAUCUGUUUAUGUUUCAGUCUAUCGUUGAUUAUCACCAGCCAUAAAAUGCACAAUGAACUGUAUUUUGACAAAAUAACAGAACACUAAAGCUCAUUGAUACAGGUUAUGGUCAAAGGGAAAUAACUAACAGGGCCUUUGAUUGGUUGAAAAAGUAUAUGGUAUUCCGAGACAAAUAUUUAAGAUGUAAAGUGGUCUCUCAUUGGUGAAAUAUCAGUUGAAUAUGUUUGAAAACUGUUUUAUUUCUUGAAUUGAAGUUCUAAGCCAUGAUUAAUGGAGGAAAAAAUAUUUGAAGUGUAUUUUGUUUGAAAAUUUUGUUUGUUUUAGUGAUUUGGUAUUUUCAUGAAGUGUAAACAAAAAUUCACUGCCGGACUGGGGGUUACUGACUUGCGGGUGAAAAAAGUGCACAAAAAUGAUGGUCAACCUGUAUAUUUCUGGCUGUUUUCUUUUAGGUCUUGAAUAGUUCUUUCACCCUGGGUAGGUGGCAUCAAAAGUUUAAAUGUUAGGAAAGGGCUAUAACCCAAAACAUUACAAUGUAAGUCUAUGGGAAAACUGUUACUUCCCUUUGACCUAAAUUAUAUACUGAUUGUUUGCAGAGACGCUAGAAACCAAUGUUUAUACUUUUAUCUGCAGUCAUCUGUUUUCACGACAUCAGUUUUGUGUUGAAUUUUCACUGCAGUCAUCUGUUUUCACGACAUCAGUUUUGUGUUGAAUUUUCACUAUUUCUUCUUAUUCCUGGACUUAAUCUUUUUUCAUGCAUGUAGACAUUAAUUCUGCAUCGUUUUGCUGAGUAAUUGAGCAUGAAUCCUUCAUUUUAUGAUGUUGUAGCCUUUAAACUUUUUAAGCAUCAAUUUCACAUGUAUUAAAUGUCAACAGGAAGCUGAGCUGUACUGAUGCAUUUUGAGUUUGUUUACUUGUUGUCAAAACAAUCAAAGUACUUGUAACAAUAUGUAUCAUCUGCAAAAAGCCUCUGUAAACCAUUCUAAGGUACUGGAAUUUCUUAAUUUAAGUUGUUUUGUUGAGAAAAUCACAUUUUCUCAGUUCUUCUUCUAGUUAAAUAUUUUUAAGUAAGUUCUAAGUAAUUUUACCAUUUAUGGUUGAUGGCUAUGGUUGACACCAACCAGUUUUGUCUGCAACCACCAACCAAAGCGGUGGAUUUAAGUGUUUUUAACCAUUUCAACCACUUUCGGGGGUGUGGUUGAGCCUUAUUUAUAAAAGGGUCCAAAUUUUGACCAUCGGGGACUUAAUUUCAGAAUAGAAAGCAGAUAGGCCACAU